CUCGAAGUGUUUAGACGUGCAUCACACAGUGCGUGGUGUUGCGGCUCGUGCGUGACUUCACGAAUUAGAUUUAAAAUAAAACUGCCACACACGUGUGACCGUCGGUUGCGGGCAGAUCGCAUCGGAACUUCCGGAAUCGUGAGUCGCUGUCGCGUUCGCGCGCGAGGUUUUUGGCGGUGAUUCAGUCUGGUCACACCGACGGAUUUUGUGACAGAAUGUUGUCUGUUGAUCAACAUAUGCGCGCGUCUUCGGCGGAGUGUUGAAUUUCGCGAGAAACAUGCGAGCCGGAUCUAUUAAUAGUGACGGGAGAAAAUAAAAAGGCAGAAUUACGCGGGUGAAUUUCGCUGACCAAAGAAGAAAGUGUCGGUGUGUGUUUUUGUCUGUUGAAACGUAAACAGUUUGUUGGUCGAAGCGAAUUAGGAGGAAACAAAUUUAGAACGUGUCAUUUGUUUAGAAAACGAAAGUAUUGCGCAACUCGUGACAAAUUAGGCGCGCGUUAUCUCACUAUUGUUCGAAAGCACAAUACAAUACUUGGAAAAGUGGAAUUCGUUGCACAAAUGUUAGAUAAGUCAAGCUUAAGCCAAGUUUAGUUAGCCAAAAUGUUGCAACAUCCGAGCAGUGAUUACUACGAGCUGUCGGCGGCCAGUAAACAAACGCCCCCAACUUUUAGUCCGCAGGGGUCGGCCGCCAAUGCCGUGGUGCUGGCCUCGAUGGCUGGAGGAGGGACGGGAGCAGGAGGAGGAGGAGUUGGAGGUGUUGGUGGUUUGAAUAACAACAACAACAAUAAUAACAACAACAACAAUGAUAACGAUCUGGACCUGAUGGGACAGAACGGUGGCGACCGGGAGUCGAUGCCGAGCUUUGGAUUUACCCAGGAGCAGGUCGCGUGCGUUUGUGAGGUGCUGCAACAGGCGGGCAAUAUCGAGCGGCUGGGCCGAUUCCUGUGGUCAUUGCCCCAGUGCGACAAGCUGCAGCUGAACGAGUCCGUGCUGAAGGCCAAAGCCGUCGUGGCGUUCCACCGGGGGAACUUCAAGGAGCUGUACCGGUUGCUGGAGCACCACUCGUACGCGCCGCACAACCACGCCAAGCUGCAGGCGCUGUGGCUGAAAGCCCACUACGUGGAAGCAGAAAAGCUACGGGGGCGGCCACUGGGUGCGGUCGGAAAAUACCGGGUGCGACGCAAGUUCCCCCUGCCCCGGACGAUCUGGGACGGCGAGGAAACCAGCUACUGCUUCAAGGAAAAAUCGAGAUCGGUUCUGCGAGAUUGGUACACGCAUAAUCCUUAUCCUUCGCCGAGGGAGAAGCGGGAACUGGCCGAGGCUACCGGAUUAACCACCACCCAGGUCUCAAACUGGUUCAAGAACCGACGGCAACGGGACCGAGCAGCUGAGCACAAAGACACCGGUGAAUCCGACAAGCAGCACCUGGACUCGUCCUCCGACUCGGACAUGGAAGGUCCCAGCCUAGGAAUGCCCGGUGCGAACAGCGUCGGCGGUCAUGCCCCACCGGGUAUGGGAGGCCUUUCCGGGUCCUCGGCACAAAACAUGCACCUCGGUGGUUCCGGCCUGGGCAUGAGUCCCGGUAUCCCCGGUGGCCCACCAGGAGGAGGUGGCGGCGGCGGCCAGAUUACGUCCGGAGGUUCCGGUGGCGGUGGUGGUGGCUUGGGCGGACUCGGCGUCGAUCAUCAACCGCAGCCACUUUCGACGCGAAACAGCAACCUGAUGAACAUCCCGGCCAGCAACAACAAGGCCCUCGGGCAGUUGUCGUCCAGUUCACUGACGGCGGCCUACUCGCACCUGUGGGAUCGCUCCAACAUGAUGGGAUCGAUGCCAAUCUACGACAUUGGAGACUACCAGCAUUUAUGAUUUUAAGUUGUGUGCGAAACGGAGCGAUUUUUGUGAUUUUUUCUUAUUAAUUUGAGCGCGCGCGAGGCAGAGAUCAGAAUAGUACUACGCUGUGUAAAAUUUAGAGGUUUAUUCUAGCAUAGAUUAUAAUCUAGGUCAGCUACAAUUUGUCUGCAAUCUCAAACACUGUUAGUUUUCGCAUAUAAGUUAAGGAGGAAACCUGUCUUCUUGAGUUUUAUAGGGCGUAUUUUUUACAUUUUUUGAGAAAAAACUUAUCAUAUCUUAUUAGGAGCAAAA